GGUUCGUUAUCAGGUUAUCAGGAAGUAAACAAAAGCACAUUGUUGAUAAUUUUUUUUUGAUGGGUGCAAGUGAUUAAGUAUUUAUUUUUUCAAUUCCACGUGCUUUGAAAGUGAUUCUCAUCUAAAACUUUCAGCGAACAUGUGAAAUAAUUUACAUCCCUAACGCUGUUUACCGGUUACAAGGGUUUAUGUAUCUAAAGGUUCCAGUGAAGGUACUCUACAUUAUACUGUUUCACCCAUUGCAAAAGAAGGAACAAUAAGGCUGAAUUUACCAUGAGUAAUCGCAAUGACUCAAUAGUGGCGGCAAUCAUCAAAUGUGCCAACUUCGCUGCCAUCAAGCAUACCAAUCAAAGAAGAAAAGAUUCUGAGAAAACACCGUACAUUAAUCACCCCAUUGGAGUAGCUAAUAUUCUUACAGAUGAAGGACAUGUCUAUGACUUGGACGUAAUUCAGGCUGCUUUGCUUCAUGAUACUGUUGAGGACACAGAUACGACGCUUGAUGAAAUCGAAAGACACUUUGGGAAGAGCAUCAGAACCAUUGUAGAUGAAGUUACUGAUGACAAAAAUCUACCAAAAGCUGAAAGGAAGCGAUUGCAAGUUGUUCAUGCAAAAACCUCCAGUCACAAUGCCAAGUUGGUGAAACUUGCGGACAAGCUUUACAAUCUACGUGACCUUGAAAGAGAGACCCCAGAAGGUUGGACGCCAGAGCGGGUGAAAGAAUACUUUCUGUGGGCCCGAGACGUUGUUGGUAACUUACGUGGAACCAAUGAUAUAUUGGAACAAAAGCUCGAUGAAGUUUUAGAAAGAAAUAUUCACAAAAACACCUCGUGAUACCUUCCUACUCGUGGAACUCAACAUUUUCAGCUGUGAUAUCUGUAGAAAUCAAAACUGUGAUUUAAGUUUAAGGUGUGGUUUACUUAAAGGCCACCCUUGAAACUGUGCUGUUAUUCUCGAUCUGUGUUUAAGCUGUCAUGAAUGAAAAGUGCGAGGAAAGAAGCUGUCAUCUUUCCUUCCAUAUCAGGAUAUAUUUUUUUGAAUGGAAACUUUGCUUUUGAGAAAGUAGUUUAAGUUGAAUAGACUUUUACAUAUCAAUCAGA